CAUCUCUGUGCGACAUAGAAUUGAGAACUUUGCGCGUUUGCACGGCGUUUUCAUGAAUGUACUGGGAUUCAUCAUGAAAAAAAUACCCUAAAAGUUAAAAUUGUGGGUGACCAUCACCAAUGCACGUCUUUUAAUAAAUGUAUAUGCUUAUAUAGCGUUUUAAAAUCACAGAGACUUGUCAUUGUAACGGAAUCAGCGCCAGACAGUGUUUUCAUAGCCGUGUGAGUAAAGCAGUCAACGGGUUUCAUUGUCAUGUAGCCUUUAGAAAAUUUACCUGAAAGUGAUAAGUUGAAGUGGUAGGAAAAUGAUUGACACAGAAAAGAUUCCCACUGGAGGGGAUGCAGCCUCUUCAAAUCUCUCUGAGAAGAAGCGAGAGAAUGAGAAGAAGAAGAGAUCUCGAGUAAAACAGCUGCUGGCUGAUGUUAAGAAGCAGGUGGAGUUUUGGUUCGGUGAUGUGAAUCUUCACAAGGAUCGAUUCAUGAAGAAUCUCAUUGAACAGACAAGAGAUGGGUAUAUUGACAUAUCCGUGUUGGCAUCAUUCAACCGAAUGAAGAAAUUGACUUCAGAUACCAAAUUAAUUGCCAGGGCUCUUAAAAACUCAGCAGUAGUGGAGGUAAAUCUGGAGGGAACACAUGUAAGACGAAAGAAUCCGCUGGGUGAAAGUCCAAAAGAUGUGGACGGCCGUACAGUUUAUGUGGAGCUGUUGCCGAAGACAGUCACGCACCUUUGGGUAGAGCGAGUGUUCAGCAAGUGUGGGAAUGUGGUUUAUGUUAGUAUUCCCAGAUACAAGUCCACAGGAGACUCUAAAGGUUUUGGAUUUGUGGAGUUUGAAACUGAAGAACAGGCACAGAAAGCUGUAGAGAUGCUGAACAAUCCUCCAGAAGAUGCUCCAAGGAAGCCAGGCAUCUUUCCUAAGACUUAUAGGAACAAGCCUAUUCCCUAUGAUUCUCUCCAGGAUACACAAGAUGAGGAAGAAGAUGGUAAGAAAAAGAAGAAGAAGAAAAGAACUCGAAGCGAGCUUAAAAACAGUGCUGUUGAAGACAUGGUGGUAGAUAAGGUGACGGACAAAGAUGGAGCCAAACAGGCAGAGGAGGUCGCCAAACAGGCAGAGGAGGUCACCAAAGAGCAGAAGAAACAAUCGGCGGAUGAAUCCAAGACAGAAAAUCCAGUUACGGUGACAAACACAGACAAGAAAGCAGAUAAGAAAAGACGAAGAUCCCGUAGUGCUGAGGCCUCAGCUGGAGACUGUCAGGAUGAGAUGCCGGCCAAAAUGAGAAAAAUUAAAGAGGAGGAAAAAACUGAGUCGACUGAGAUGAGAGAUUUGUCAUCUAAAGGCAGGAAUGAAGAACAUUUAAGCUCUGAAAAGAAAGAUGAUUCCAUUCUGAAGAUCAAGAGGAAGAGAAAGAAGAAGCACAAAGAGAGAUUAAAAGGAGAGGAGGUCAUCCCGCUCAGAGUCCUCUCAAAGAAAGAAUGGUUGAACCUGAAACAAGAGUAUCUGAUGCUGCAGAAACGCUGCAUGACACAUCUGAAGAAAUCAGUCGCUCAGAUCAAUCUGAAAUCAACAGACUCUGACAUUAUGGAGACUAAAGUGAAUGACAAUGAUGCAUCUUGUAAGGAGAUGGUUAAAAAAGAGCACGUUUCUGGCCCUGAAUUUGUGAGUGGCGUCAUUGUCAAAAUUUGCAAUGAUCAACCCUUGCCAAGCAAGAAGUCCAUCAAGGAUGCACUGUCUGAGAUUUCAGCUGUGGCAUAUGUGGAUUUUCUUGAUGGAGAUGCAGAGGGUCACAUACGCUUCAAGAGCCCAGAAGAUGCGAAGGCAGUUAUCACGGCUCGAUCAGAACUGCUGAAAAAAUACAACUGGAAACUUGAUCUUCUCUCAGGUGAUCAUGAGCAGAGGUACUGGCAGAAAAUCUUGGUUGACCGACAAGCAAAGCUAAACAGGCCUAGAGAGAAAAGGCGUGGUACAGAAAAGCUCAUUUCUAAAGCUGAGAAAAUUAUCAUCGCUCGGGCCAAGGAAGCAAGCAAGCACAUUCGUUUUGAUGAUCAAUGAGCGAUUGCUCAUCUCAUUUAUAAAAGCAGUUUCAAAUGACUUUGCCUGUGAAUUGUGACUAAGGUUUUUGUGCUCACCAGACCUGUUAUUUAAGAAAUUACUUGUACUUUUAGUAAUAAAUGAUUGAGUUUGUACAUUGCUAAAGUAGUAUGAUUUUUUUAUCCUUUAAGGAUUUGUAGUUUACUGAUCUCUCAAGGAUUCAGAUGUGUUAUUUUGUUUUGCUUGAUGUAUUUUUUUAUGUUUUCAGAUCCAAUUAGAAGAAUGUAUAUAAGAUAAACAUCAUUUGGUUCAUAUUUUAAAUCAACCAAACAGGGUUACGUUUAUUAAGAUGGCACCGAUGGAAACUUUUCCUGCUGUUUUGUUUGCUUUUUGGCCAUUUUAUAACAUUUUUAAUAAAAUUUCUUUCUGAAA